AUGCCUAAGGUGGUGUCAACAGAACCUUCUCCUGUAGAAGAUAAAUAUAAACAACAUACUACUGUAUUUUCAGGCUUACAAAAUGAAUUACAAAAUAAAUUGUUUGGUCAGCAUUUAGUUUUAAAAGCAGUGGUCAAUCAUGUUAGAGCUCACAUUGAAAAUAAACAUCCACCAAAAGCUUUGGCUCUGUCCUUCCAUGGUGGAACUGGUACUGGUAAAAAUUAUGUCAGUAAAAUGAUAGCUGAACAUUUGUAUAAACAGGGAAUGAAAAGUAAAUUUGUUCAUUUGAUAUCAGCUACUAAAGAAUUUCCUCAUGAAGAAAUGGUUCAUUUUUACAAGGACCAGUUAAGAAAUUGGAUAGAGACUAAUAUAUCAGUAUGUAGUAGAUCAUUGUUUAUUUUUGAUGAAAUGGAUAAAAUGCCAGCUGGAUUAUUGGACACCAUUAAACCAUAUUUAGAUUAUUAUGAACAGAUAGGUGGUACAGAUUAUAGAAAUGCUAUCUUUUUAUUUCUCAGUAAUACAGCUGGAAGAGAUAUUAUAAACUUUACUUACAAUAAAUGGACAGACGGUAUUCCUAGAGAUAAUAUCAAACUGAAAGAAAUAGAAAAUAUUAUAAUCAAAUCUACUGUCAACACUAUAACACAAAGAGGUUUAUGGCACAGUGAGUUAAUAACCAAACAUCUAAUAACAGCUUACUUACCAUUCUUACCAUUAGAAAAAUCUCAUAUAAUGGAGUGUAUUAAAGAUGCUAUGGUACUGCGAAAGCAUUAUUCUGACAAAGAUCGGUAUAGAAUUCCUGGAGAUCUUAUAAAAGAAGUGCUUAAUGAACUCACCUAUUUCCCAGAACAUGAGCAAAUAUUUUCCAUCACUGGUUGUAAAAGGGUCAUGGAAAAGGUAGACUAUGUAAUGCUUCAGUAAUCACUGAGGUUUUCUGUAAUGCUUCAGCAUUCACUGAGGUUUACUAUAAUUUCAGUAUUCACUGAGGUUUACUAUAAUUUCAGUAUUCACUGAGGGUUACUAUAAUUUCAGUCACUGAGGUUUACUGUAAUUUCAGUAUUCACUGAGGUUUUAUGUAAUGCUUCAGUAAUCACUAAGGUUUCUUGUAUCAACAAUUAAAUGAGUUGAUUUGGAAUUAAUCAUACAUUUCUCUGUGAACACGAAUUGGGCCCUGGGCUUUAUUUUCUCCCUUUUUGAAAAACCAAAAUAUUUAUUUUAGCUUGACGUGGACUCUGCAAACAACAAAAUCUAUAUCUAUGUAUCAAUUUAUAUGAUGUAAACAAUCAAGGAUUCUCUUCAAGGGACAAAACAGGAAUAAUGGUCAUUAUAAAUGACAAUUCGGAGUUUUGGCCAUUGUUCCCAAAGUUCAGAAAAUUCUAAGGUGCACUUUGCAUGAAUUGUGGUACGUGUGAAUUUAAUGUGUUGAAAAAGGAAUAGUGAAAUGAAAUAUUUAUACAUGUAAAACAAAUCAUGGAAUGAAUAAUAUUUUUUGUUACGCUUGUUUUCUGUUAAUGUAGACAUUUUAUUAACCAUGGUGCACUGUCUAUUAGAAGGAUUACUAUGGCCUUCAGUACAAUUUUCUUUCUGUAGAAUAUUGAAUAUUGAAUGUUAAACUGAUAUAAAUAUGCAAUGGUAACAUUAUUUGUUUUGUUCACUAUAAUUUAAUCUGUUAAAUGAAUGGUAAUCGGUGAAAUUUAUCAAUGAAAUAUUGAAUUAUUUUGUAGCCCUUCAUUAUGUGCAUUAGAAGUAUAAAUGUAUAUUUUUUGGUUAAAUGAAAUGAAAAAGUGUUUUCUGCAGUUAUUUUGUUACUAAUAGAAGAAAUGAUUGUCAUC